AUGGACUCUUAUCUAUCUAUAUUUAUCUAUCUAUCUAUCUAUCUAUCUAUCCCAGUCUGUAUAUAUCUAUUAUCCUUCUAUCUCAGUCUGUUCAAAUCUGAAAUAUCUAUUUAUCAUUUUAUCUAUCUAUCUAUCAUCUAUCUAUCUCAGUCUCAAUCUUUAUUCAUAUCUAUCUAUCUAUCUAUCUAUCUAUCUAUCUAUCUAUCUAUCAGUCUAUUUAUAUCUAUCUUUCUUAGUCUAUUCAUAUCUCAUAUAAAUCUAUCUAUCUAUCUAUCAUCUAUCUAUCUAUCUAUCUUCUAUCGAUCUCAGAUAUCAUACAUUUUAUCUUCUCAUAAAAUUCCGAAUCAUCUCUCAAGUUUUCCCUUCAUUUCUCUUGUUUUCUUCCUCUUUCCUUUAUUUUUCCUUUGCUUUCUUUCUUUUGUCUCUUUCCUCUGUACCCCUUUGAAGAUACUCUCUCUCUACUUCACUUUUCACAUCCGGUGGAAAUAG